CUGGACGCUUCGACUUUUUACAUAGCUAGUGGUGCAGUCCAGCCCCUCUGCUUAAAUUUUUCCAUAUGCUCGCGAACAACAGGAUGUAGACGGAAACGCGCAUCUUUCGUAGCUUCGUGCUUUUUGGAGAUGCCAUGUGACGGUGGGACUGUUGAGGGAAACUGAUUUUGCGAGCCCCGUCGAGGGAAGCUCUAGUUUGGAUUUCGCUGUUUUUUUUUUUUUUAGUUUCGUCUUUUUUUUGGUGCAUAGUGAGUUCAGAUGAUGCUUGACGUGUUGUGUUUUGUGCUUGUGCUUGCCAGCACCGGCUUCUGCCAUCCGAAAGAUCGAAGCGAGUCGACGUCCCAGCCACAGCUCGGGUGCAAACUCGAGGGUCUGCAGCCCCUUCUCAUCGUCACUUACAAAAACCUCACGACAUCGUUGGGAGAAAUCACAGUGCCACAUGGGGAGAAGGUGACAGUGAGAUGUCGCGAGAUCGGCAAGUACAAAAUCGUCGGCGACACAGUUCUCAAAUGCCGCAACGCCGUCUGGAGUGGAAAACUGCCUUCCUGUAUAGCCACUACUGCCAUAUCUAAUUACACCGAGGAUGUGCCGCCUACGAUACUCUUCGGGCUCCCAGCGGGUUCGGCGACGUUCGAACCCUCGGGCUCCUUGGCCGUCUUUCCUGGGAGUAUCCUGCAUCUCGAGUGUCUCUUUGCCAGGCGCCUCGGCAACCCCGAGUGGACCUGGACCUCGAAUUUUCGACAAUACUUGACUGGCUGGGCGAUUUCCCAGAUUGAAAGGGACUGGAAGUAUCGGCUGUCGAUAUACUACGCGAAAACCCAAGACUCGGGCAUCUAUACCUGCACGACACCUCGAGGCCUCACGAAUUCCAUCAAGGUACACGUCGUCGACGUGCACUGCCCACAGCUGAAGAAACCAGAGCCACCUCUGAUUGCGAAGAUAGAAGGUCCGCGACUCGGUGAGGCUGCGACGUUCGAGUGCCCGCACGGCUAUCGGCUCGAGGGAGCAUCGGCUAUCACUUGCCAGUAUAAUGGCAAAUGGUCGGCUAACAUGCCGCGUUGCGAAGCGAUAAUAUGUCCACCUAUUCAGCCCAUGAACCCAAAGCUCCAGUUACUCGAGCACAAUAACAGUUACAGCGGCCGGGCGAUCUUCACUUGCAUGUGGGGCCACAAGCUCGUUGGUUCCCAGAGUAUAAGAUGCUCAAACAAUGGCACCUGGAGUGGACCAAUACCCACGUGCUUAGAGAUAACGUGUCCAACGCCCGAGACGCCCAUAAACGGGGAGCUGAUGGACAACCAACAGCAGCAGUGGUCGAGGCGCAAGGACCAGACGCACAGGGUGGGCUCGUUGGUGCGCUUCUCGUGCCUGACCGGACACCAGCUCGUUGGCCCCGCCUCGGCCAUCUGCACCGAAAACGGCACGUGGUCGCACCAGCCGCCAAUAUGUGACGUGAGGUGCCCCUAUCCGGGCGACCCGAUCCACGGGCGCAUAGCGCCACUGAAGUUCUGGUACAAAUCGGGCGACACCAUACAGGUGAGCUGCUCGCCGGGCUACGUGACUCAAGAAAACGGCCAGUGGAGCGAUCCACCCCCGCCGUGUCGGUCCUACAGGGACGUGUGAUGAUGGCCAUAUGGUGGGGAUAUUAUUUUUCGUAUUGAUGAUUCGGAGGAUACGCCAAAGGGAAACACAAAAAAACUUUAAAUUGAAAUCACGAGGAGAUAAU